UAGUUUGGUAGACUGAUAAGUAGAGGCUCCGUCAUUUUAUCAACGGUCAUAACAUUCUGUGAUGUCAGGCAGCCUUUCUGCGUCUAUAGCUACCGUUCUGGAGGAUGAUCUUUCAUCUUCAGAUGUUGUAUCACAAACAGACCAGACACGGAGUCGUGGUUGUCAUUCUUAUGUUGCACCAGAACGGCCAGCACCAACUAAGAAUGCUUGUAAUGCUACUGGCACGGAUGACGACAGUAGGAAAGCCUGUGUUUCCACUAAUAUCAGCAAUCUGAGGCUCUCUGGUAUCCCAAUGGCGGGCUUUGAGGUAAUACCCAUAAUGACACCUGGUGGGUGUAGUCUGCCAGCAUACCAGUGGGAAUGGUUUGUUGAAAUAUCUGAUGAUCAACGCUGGAUGAAAGUGAGUGAGGGUUUGACUUUCAUUCCCGAGUCUGAGCACGUGGGUCGGAAGAUCAAGGUCAAGUGUGUUCCAUGUGCUGGGCAGGAAGAUGGGCCUCGUGAAGUGAUCAGUGAAUAUGCUAUUGCCGAAGGUCCCAAAUAUGGGGGCAUGAGCCAACGCCAUCACACCACCGCUGACUUUCUUCAGUCACGUGAUCAGCUCCGAAUCAUCACCUAUAACAUUCUGUUUGAUGCAUACCUUCGUAGAGAUAGUCCUGCCGACUACAGGUACUGUGCCACUCAUGUCUUGGAGGAGAGCUUCCGUCAGCAAUUAGUUCUCAAAGAAGUGAAGCGUUACCAUGGUGACAUUUUGUGUUUCCAGGAGGUUGGACCAAAUGUCUACACCACCUACCUUCAACCGGCAUUAAAUGCUGCUGGAUAUGAAGGAGUGUUCACUUCAAAACCCAACGAGUUUAGAGAAGGUCUUGCCAUGUUUUAUCGAACUGAUAAAAUUCAACUCAAACAGUCGUCAAUCAUUAUUAUGAAGGAUGUCUUGAUCAGUGACAAUGCAUUUAGUAGUUUGCGUGUUAUCUUACAAAGGCACUUUGCGGAUGUGUUCCAGUUGGUGUGCAGUCUAGAUCACGUGUGUCAAGUAGUGAUCUUUAGCAAUGGAGCAAGAUCAUUCAUGGUUCUUAAUACGCAUCUCUAUUGGACAGUUGAUUUCGAAUUUGUCCCACUCAUUCAAGUGUAUAUCAUAUUUCACUGCAUUGACCUCAUGCGGAAAGAACUCGGAUUAGAAGGUGCAGGUAUAGUAUUCGCUGGUGACCUCAACAACCAACCCAAUUCAGACACGUACCGAUAUAUCAAUGAAGGUAAAUUUCAACUCGGAAAAGGCACCAAGGAUCAAAUUCAUCUGCAUCAUUCUCUACGUUUGACCAAUGCGACUGGCACCCCUCGCUACUCAUGUGUUCUGGAUCACACUCAGUUCCUUUUAGACUACGUCUAUGUCAACAGUUAUUUUUCUGUCUUGCAGUGCAUCCCUUUGCCUACUGAAGAAGAGCUAGAGCAAGAUGGCAAAUUUGUUUUGCCUUCGUCUCGUUUCGGUUCUGAUCAUUUGGCCAUUGGUGUUGAUGUAGAGAUGGUGUAAACAUUUGACAUGCAGUUGACUAUAUUGACAGGUAGGAUACUUGGCUGUUUUAAGUAAGAUUCAUCUGGUUUAUUUACUGUAUGACUUCAAUAUUUGGUAUGUACGCGUAAAAUUCAUUCAUGUGUUAUUCUUAAUAUAUUGAUAUUACUUGUGCA